UCUAUAUUUCAUCCUUCCCGUCCGUCACCGCCGCCACUUUUCACUCGCGGUCCGCCACCAGCCAUGCCACCACUAGCACACAACGACAAAGGCAUACUGAACAAUGAACAAGCGAGUGGGUUGCGCAGCUGAGUGACAACGGGUCGAUCCGAUAGGAUGACGAGAAACCCCAAUCUCUACACGCAGAUCCACCGGCGAAGCGUACGUUUCACUCCUCACCCAACGCUGCCGAAAUCGACCUUCCAAGAACAGCGUGCCCGGAUCACCGAUCGACCGCGAGCACUCCGUCGGCUGCGCCUGUUUGACGCGGCGAUGAGUUCGGAGGCGCACCAGCUGCGGCAGCCGCACGCGGUGCUGAUCCCGCAGCCGGCGCAGGGCCACGUCACGCCGAUGCUGCACCUCGCCAAGGCGCUGCACGCCCGGGGCUUCCGCAUCACCUUCGUCAACUCCGAGUACAACCGCCGCCGCCUGCUCCGGUCCCGCGGCCCCGGCUCGCUGGACGGCGCCGACGGCUUCCGCUUCGAGGCCGUCCCGGACGGCCUGCCGCCGUCCGACGACCACGGCGACGACGUCACGCAGGACAUCGCCGCGCUCUGCCUGUCAACCAUCAAGCACAGCGCCGCCCCGUUCAGGGAGCUGCUGGCCAGGCUUAACAACAGCACGCCGGUGAGCUGCGUCAUAGCCGACGGCGUCAUGAGCUUCGCGCAGAGGGUCGCCGAGGAGUUGGGCAUCCCGGCCUUGGUGUUCUGGACUACGAGCGCCUGCGGCUUCAUGGGUUACCUCCACUUCGCCGAGCUCAUUAGAAGAGGCUAUGUGCCACUCAAAGAUGAGAGUGACCUGACUAAUGGGUACCUGGACACUCCAAUCGACUGGAUCCCCGGAAUGGAAGGCAUCCGUCUGAAAGACAUACCCAGCUUCAUCAGAACGACCGACCCGGACGACGUGAUGCUCAACUUCGACGGCGGCGAGGCGCAGAACGCGCGCGGCGCCCGCGGGCUCAUCCUCAACACGUACGACGCGCUGGAGCAGGACGUCGUCGACGCGCUCCGCCGCACGUUCCCGCGCCUGUACACCGUCGGCCCGCUGGCCAAAGCCGCCGCGGGAGGCGCCGAGACCGAGCUCGACGCGAUCGGCGGGAACCUCUGGAAGGAAGACACGAGCUGCCUCCGCUGGCUGGACGCCCAGCGGCAGCCCGGGUCGGUGGUGUACGUCAACUUCGGCAGCAUCACGGUGGUGACCGCGGCGCAGCUCGCGGAGUUCGCGUGGGGGCUGGCGAGCUGCGGCCGGCCGUUCCUGUGGGUCGUCCGGCCAGACCUCGUGGCCGGCGAGAAGGCCGUGCUUCCGGAGGGGUUCGUCCGGGAGACCAAGGACAGGGGAGUCCUGGCGAGCUGGUGCCCGCAGGAGCGCGUCCUCUCGCACCCGUCGGUGGGGCUGUUCCUGACGCACUGCGGGUGGAACUCGACGCUGGAGAGCGUGUGCGCCGGCGUGCCGAUGGUCUGCUGGCCCUUCUUCGCCGAGCAGCCAACCAACUGCCGGUACGCGUGCGCCAAGUGGGGCAUCGGGAUGGAGAUCGGUGGCGACGUGGCGAGGGAGGAGGUGGCGCGGCUGGUGCGCGAGGCCAUGGACGGCGAGAGGGGCAAGGCGAUGAGAGCGAGCGCGACGGCGUGGAAGGAAAGCGCCAGGGCAGCGACGGGGGCAGGUGGCUCGUCGAGCGAGAACAUGGAUCGGCUGGUCGAGUUCUUGCGUGCCGGGUGUGAUGGUGCUACCUGAAUGAGUUAUACGGGUGUGUUUGGUAGCAUGCAUGGACCUAGUCUAGUUGUUCUUCUCUGAUACAUGUUGAACGUAGACAUGCUCAGUUCAUGUAUACUAGAUCGUUAUCACGCCUUGGCGCGAGGGUGCCGGUCCAACCGACAUGACCAAGCGAUGGAAGAUCAAACCACAUGAUGCAUUAGCAAAAAGCAUGAGUAGGAACGCAUGAUGCACAACCGAUUUUCUGGUUCAAGGAAAAGAAUAAAUAUUUCAAAAGAGUAA